AUGAUGCCUGGCACUACGGAAGCUAAUGAUGAUUCAUGGACUGUGGCUCACGAAGCCUCGCAGCAAAUGGUCUUGCAGGCAGCGAUGGAGGACGUUGAAAAACAAGCAGUUAAGUUGGAAGACGAUUUAGUAAUUGCGUUGAAGGAGAAUGCGAAGCAAAGUGAUCAGCUUAAAACGAUGCAACGCAAAAUUGAUGAGUUGGAGGUAUCUUUGGUAUCUGAAUCUUCGAAGCUACAAGCGGUGCAAAAGGAUUAUGAACAAAGUGCUUCAGCUCUUGAGUCUACGCGAUCUUCAGAAAAGGAAAAGGACGCACGAUUUGAUCGGCUGCAGCGAGAGUCUGAUUCCCUGAGAGACGAAAUCGGUCGCUUGAAUGCAGAAAACAGAGAAUACAAAUCCAAGUUGAAUGAAACUGAGGCUCAAGUGAAAUUGGACAACACUGAGAUAGUACCAUUGCGAUAUGAGGUCCAGAGACUAAUGGCCGAGAUGAGGUCACUGUCUUCGCACUCCGCUUGGUUGGAGCAAGAGCUGAAAUCCAAAACCGACCAACUUCUUUCUCUUCGCUCAUCACAUGCUCAAGUUGUGGAGAAACUUCAAAGAGAACUGGACGAUGCUUCUGAAGAGAAUGAGAAACUGAGCCGAAACUCUGCUUCAUUACGACAGCAUUUGCAAGUAGCUCAAUCGAAAAUUGAUCACACCGAGAACGAGCUUCAGAAAGUUCGGCAAGAAGCCUCCAACAAGGCAUUAGAAAGUGAGCAUGCAGCUACGGCGUCGAAGAAAUUGGUGGCGAUACAAAAGCACAAGAUUGAUCGGUUGAACAACAAAUAUGACUCUGUUUGCAGGCAGAUUGAGGGGCUGAAACGAUUAGCGAAAGAUGCACAACAACAAGGCGACUCUGAUUUGCAUGCAAGAGAGAAGGAGUUGCAAAGCAAAAUGGAUGAAAUGCUAAAGGAACAAGCAAAAAGCUUUGCAAAGCAGCUCACCGAUUCCAAAGCAAAGCUGGAACAGGCAAUCCGUCGCUGUGAACAAGCCGAAAAUUCUCUUCUUCUCGACGAUGCAGCAACUUCUUCGAAGAAGAGAAAAGCAAUUGACAAAAACACUCUGGAACAUCUCAGCCUAACUGACUUAUAUUCCCGAAUUGCUACGGCUGAAGAUGAACUUCAAAAGGAAACUUUGCUUCGGAAGCAAGCAGAGAUUAGAGUGACUCGAGUUGAGGCGGACAUUAGAGCAAAGGCACCUGAACUUCUUCGACAGCGCAAAGAAUACGAGGUGGCGGUUGAGCGCCAAUUGGAAUAUAAGAAUCGAUUGCAAAGCGCUUUGGAAGAAGCAGAAGAGGCGCGCUUGCGUUAUUCUGAGCUGGAGGCGGAGGUAGGAGGUCUACGGUCGCACAACAAAGACCUCGAGCUUGACUCUAUUGAACUAGCCAAGCAAGUCCAGUCGCUUUUGGCGUCUCGUACCGCCAUUAAUGGAGAAGUAGAAUCAAUUCCCGCAUCAGUGACCGAAAUGCAAUCCACAAACCAACGGCUGCUGUCGGAGCACCGUCAGCUAACAGCGAAGGUGCUGGAUUUGGAAGAAGAAAUGCAGCAGAAUGUUUGGCAAGAAAAAGCUGAACGUCUCGAAAAAGAACUACACACGUUGAUUGACGAUAGGAAGCGGCAAGAGGUCAUGGUAGAACAGAUUGUUGAACAACGUGACCUAUUCCGUGCCCUAGUAAAUAAUCAGGAUAGUGCCUCCUUCUCUGGAGAAUCACGUUUGGUGCUUUUACACAAACACGCAGAGCGCAGCAACGAACUCGAGGAAUCUAAACAAAAAAUUCAGGAAAAACUAGAAGUUGCUACGAAGAAGCUUGAUUGUUCAAAGCAAGACUCGCUAGAGAUGUUAGAACGCCUCAGCCGAUACGAAGCACUGAACCAGGACCUUUCAAAGAGUGUCGACAAAUUACAGAGUCAGUUAUCGACAGCCAUGGCCAAUGCUGCAAAGUGUAGUGCCGAUUCAGCAUUUCACAAGAAUAAGACUUUGCGAACUGAAAGCACUUCGCUGCGGCUUCGGGAAGAGCUCUCAGAGAUAAAUGCCUCAAAGAAUAAAUUACAACUCAUCAAUCACAGCCUUCAGGAUGCCCUUUCCAAGGCGAAUUAUGACUAUGUCGUGAUUGAAACUGAGCUUGAACAGACGAAGGUGAAACUUCGGGUUGCAGAGUCACACGCUGAAAUAGCCAGGAAAGCUGAGGAACGAGCGUCAAAUGAAACGAAGCAGCUCCAAAUGGAAUUGACAAGGCAAGGCACCCUUGGUAACUCGAUUCAACGCAUCGAGACAACAUUGGCUGCUAGGAGUACAGCAACUGAGGAGUCGUACAAGAACAAAUUGACUGUAGUUUCGAAGAAGCUUUCUGACCGAGAAGAAGAGCAUGCAUCAGAGCUUCGUCGACUAAAGGAGGAACUAAAUGAUCGAGCAAUCUAUCUAAAGUCAGCAGAAGAAUCAAGGCAAAAGGCAGCGAGUGAAGCUCAGCAGGCCAACAAGAAACUUCUCAAGACUAUCGCAGUGAAGAAACAGUUAGAGGAAAGGAUCAAAUCACUCGAGUCCGACCUUGCUGAAACACAGGAGAAGCAAGGCCCGGCUAGCAUCCAAAAUCCCGCAAAUGAAUUGCGAAUGCAGGUCCAAUCUUUAACAGAGAAACACAAUAGUGUAAAGCAGGAGAACGAGAACUUGAAAAAGCAGGUUGCUGAAUUGAAGGAGGUGUCGAAAGGAAGCGAGGAUGCGGUUCUUGAAAUGACAAAUGCUCUGAAGACUGCAAGGACAACACGAUCUGAGAAGCUAUCAAUUCUUGAGGACCAACUGAAAGUUGCUAACGCAGAACUGGAAAAGAUGAAGCAAGUUGUCGCUGAUCUCACAAGAGAUCUGUCGACUCAACAAGGACAAAGAGAGAAGACAGUCCAAGAUGGAAAAUCGAAACUGGUUGAAGCUGAAUCGCAAAUAGCCAAAUUUCGAAGUGAUGCUGAGAACACCAAACUCCAAUGCAAGGAACUCCAAUCUGAAGUUGCUCAGCUACAAUUAGAUGCUUCUGUUGCCCAGAAAAACUAUGAGCGAGAAUUGAACCUUCACUCCCAGGCAAGAACAUUCCUCAGGACAGCAAGGGAGGAUGCAGAAAACCACCAUAGGGCGCGUUCCAUGGCAGAGAUUAAGUUACAAAACCUUGGUAUUGAGCUCUCGGAGGAGAAGGCAAUUGUCGCUCGAGAAAAAGCAGACGUGGAAGCGCGAUUCAAGGGACAAGAAAAGGCACUUGAAGAAGCCCGAAUUCAGAAUGUCAUCUUGCAUGAGCAACUUGAGAAAAUUGGAGACCAGAUCCAAAAUAUCCAAGGGGACGCGUUGUUUGCUCAUAAUAGCUUUCUUUCAAGCAGCGCCGAUGUUGAAUUGCAAAAGACGAUUUCUGAGCUGCGCGAAGUAGUUAAAUUUCUACGAUCAGAGAAGGAAGUCAUGCGAGUGGAGCUUGAUGCUGCUCGUCGCGAAGCAGAGAGAGAUCGCGCUGCUGCUGAGGUUGCAAGACAGAGUCUUGACCAUGUAAGGAUCGAAAUGCGUCAAAGUGAAGAAUUUACUGGAUCAAUUGACAAAACCAGCAUCAAGUCAAAAUUGGAUGGCUCAGAAAAACGUUGCCAACUCUUAGAGGAAAGCAAUGCUCACUUGAGACAAGAGAUAAAAGCCUGCCAACAGAAGAUUGUAACUCUAAGUGCCGGUCUGGAAGCCUCAAAACAGGCAUCCAUCCCAAUUGAAUUGAACCAACGAGACUUAGAAGCAAAAAAUGCUGGGCUUGAUUCAGAAAGAGAGAGCCUAAAACGGGAAGUGGAGGACUGGAAGGGAAGAGUACAAGCUCUUGUGACCCAAUUCAAUCAGAUCGACCCUAUAGAACACCAAAAAGUGGUGGAGGAGUUAGGGAAGAUGAAAACAGAGCUUGGCGACAUGGCAAGAAAGAAAGUAGAUGCUGAAGACGAGAGCAAGAGGAUCAGGCAGCUCGCAGGUAGGGCAAGCAAAGAACUCCAACAGAAUAAGCAACUUGUGGAGAAACAGAAAAGGAUGAUUUUGGAACUGACAGAACAAAAAAGCAAUAUGGCAAAAAUGUACAACGGAAAUAAGCUUAAGGAUUUGGAAGAACUCAAAAAGAAAAUUUCACAUUUGGAAGAAGAAAGAGAUAAUGGGAAAAAGCUUCUCUUUGGAGCAAAUGAAAUGAAUGAGAAGCUGCGUGAGCGGCUAAGGCAGUUUCAAAAAGUGAUCAAUGAAUGCAAGAAGAAGGAAGAACUGCUUCAUGUUCAGCUACAACAAGCAAUAGUGCGGGCGAGAGAUCCUGACUGGGAGAAGGUAGAUGUCCGACCAAGAUCAAUUGCACAAUCUUCUGCGGACAUGAGAAUUUUCAAAGAAAUGCAGCAGAAGGAUCAAACAGAAAAGCCUGAAAUAAAGGAAACGAUCGACGGUGCUGCCGUUCCAAGGACAACAAAAGUAAUUACAAAUGUUCCACUUGGUGGCUUUAUGUUUGGUCCCAGUGAGCCAGAUGGCUCAACUCUGCAGCAGCAUGAAACCAUUGAUGACAACUUAAUGCCAAAUAAUAUGUCUUUGGAGGACAACGAUUCAGAAGUGAAAGGUUUUAUGGCAGACAGAAUCAAUCGCAAAAUUGCUUUGAAAAGAAGUACAGAGUUGUUAAAAGAUGAUCUAAAAUCGUUGCCAAGGGACGACUCCAAGGAUCCGUUGCAGAUACCCCACGAAUUUUCUGGAGAGCAGAAAGAGCUCAGCAUGAAGGAGAAAUUGAUGGAAAGGAAGCGAAAACUGAUGAUUGAUAUGCAAAUGAAGCAAGAGGCUUUGAGAAAAACGCAGGAUGUGGCUCAGAUUGCGACAAGGAGAGCGGAGCCAUCUGCAAAACGGACCAAGGUUUCAGCUGACAAGCACCAUCCCUCAGAGUCCUUGGUCAUACCGAAAGCAAUAGAUGACUCAGGAGCUUCUGCGAUUCGCUUCAGCUUCAAUUCUACCAAUGAAACCGGAAAACAGUCUCUCGCAACAAAACAUAGAGUUGAAAGUACAACUGUCGAUUUGCUGAAGGUGCAAAAUGCUCCAGACUCUGGUGCAUCGCUGCAACUUUCUGACUCAAGUCUUGGAGCUGGAGAUACACCUUUUGCUCACUCAAAUCAAAAAGAGACUUCCUUUGCAGGUGCUUUUUUGAAUAUCAUGCCUCUUGGAGCUUCCUCAACCGCUCCAAAAUUCCAAUUUGGUUCUUCAAAUGCCAUUAAACUUCCAACUCCUUCUGUGCAGCCACAAAGCAAUGUUUUCAAUGCCUUUUCAACAGCGACAACAUCCAGCAAUGGCAGAGUUGCUAUCAAACCGCUUUUUGUUGCUACUGAGCAUGGUGAUGAUGACAAGAAGCCUGGUUCAUAUGAAGAGACUGGUGUUGAGAGGGAUGAGCAAGUUCAGCAAAAUAAAAAACAAUUAUGA